CGAGCACCUUCUUUCUUUUCUUUUCGACAAGAAGGACCUCAGGGGCAGAAGCAGUCCCUAAUAUGCGCAUAUUAGCCUUUAUUUAUUAGUCUAAUUAUAUAGACUACUUUAAUAACUAGCUCCUUCUACCUUCUCCAUCCAAAACCUCAUAGGACAACCCAAUUACACCACCUUAGGGAACAAACAAAAAUGACCUCUAAGCGGCCUCGUUUAGUCACCUGGUGACCUUCUCUCCACGACCUAGACUAGUGUUCCGGCUCAAUGAUAUACCCUUUUGUUAUUAAAGAUGUAAAGACUUGGUCUUCUUCGGUUCAAACAUUGUUUAAUAAGCCGCUUCCACUCGUCGGGAUGGAUAGAACAAUUCACAAAAAAAAUAUUGUCAUCGUCCCACAUGUUGAUUCAGCAGUACCAUUCUUCAGCAGGAACAUACAUUUUUUACAGCAACAAGCUCUGUGUUGGCACCCUGUUGCAUUUUGGGCACCUGUAGUUAGCUUCUCUUUGCAAACCGUCCCUCAAAUAAGAAGAAUACUGAUAGAUAUUCAUGAUCUUCAUGCUGUCGAGAACACGUCCUGCUUGAAGUCCCUGGCGCCUUAGCUGUAACACCGACUCACUUCCGAGUCCGAGAUGAGUUCAUCAUCAAAGUCCCUGGCAUUGUGAAAUGUUGAAUUCUCCGACCCAAGAAGUGAGUGUUAUAUGGGAAUCCGUCUAUUCUUGAUAAAGAGAACGACGGACGAAAAGUCGCGAACGAUAAAGUUACGAAGAAUGAAUGUCGGCAACACCUACGAAUUGGAAGGAAAAAUCAAACGAACAAUAUCAUACCAUUUCUACAAAGUGAAGAAAAGCCAUUGACAUCAUGUUCCUUUUUU